AUGAAUUAUAUAAGCAUCCCAGAAACUGCAGUACAAGUUUGCGCUGCCUCGUGGUAUCUGACUACGCGAAAGCUUAUAGUGAUUUCCUCCGAAUUCCAGCACAUAAUGAAGUUGAUACUGUGGAUGGCCGUGCUGUUGGUCAAGCCGUGUUUUGGAUCGCUUGGAGACCAGUUGGACGAGUUCCAGGAUUGCGUGACCAAAUGCCGCUAUCUGACCUGCCCAUACACCGAAGAACUCCAGCUUCCCUCGGACAAUGUUUUGUCCAGAUGGUACGACGAGGAAGAAGAACAGCCACUUUUUGACAAACAACCCCUGGCUCUGACACUGAGGCUUUUGGGGUGGGGUUGCCCGGACAAUUGCGACUAUCGUUGUCAGAGACUGAUCACUGUCCAGCGACAACAGCUCGGCGAUGAAGUGUAUCAAUUCCACGGUAAAUGGCCAUUCAUCCGAGUUUUUGGUAUCCAGGAGUUAUUUUCAACGAUUUUCAGUAUUCUGAACUUCUUUCCACAUUACCAUGGCUUUCGCUUGAUGUUGGCCCAUUACAGGCAGGACAGGUUCUCCGGGUCCAAAUUUGCCAACCAAUACUUUGCUUAUGGCAUUGUUGGACUAGUGGCGAUGUUUGCGUGGAUAUUUUCAACUAUUUUCCAUCUUAGAGACACCUGGGACCGCGAACGGCUGGACUACUUCUUUGCCGGUGCCACAGUGCUGAGUGGACUAUACGGUAUCACUGUGCGUGUUUUCGAGCUUUAUGAACCCCAAAACAACACAAAGAGACGUGCAUUUGGACUUCUAGUGGUUCUCAUGUAUAUUGGCCAUGUAGCGCGACUUUUAGUUGACUGGUCGUACACAUACAAUAUGGAGGCCAAUGUGUUGGUGGGAUUGGUGCAGUAUGUCCUGUGGAUCUACCAUGCAAUCAAUUCUUUCCAGAUAUACAGACAACGUGCCAGUAAGGUACUACCUGCUUUUCGUGGAUCUAAAAACGGGUCAAAUCAACUGAAAGCUGAUCUUCUCAAUAAGGAUGUCAAUUGGACAUUGAUCCCGCUGCUUUUGGUAGCCAGUGUUAGUUUCGGAAUGUCGUUUGAGCUGUUUGAUUUUGCACCCUUUUUUGACCUUGUGGAUGCCCAUGCUUUGUGGCAUUUCGUGACCAUUUGGCCAGCCUGGUACUGGUACGACUACAUGGUGCAGGAUGUUGAGAAUCUGAAGCUGAUCAAAUCUGACUGA